AUGGCACUCCCAUCGUCACUCACACCCAUCGGGGAUGUCGACGCUCUCAUUGCGCAGCUCCAAGCCAUCGUCGCCGACCCCAAACGCUUUGCGGCCGCGGCAGCCAUCGACGACACCACAAGACAGCAGCUGAAGCAGCUGACGCGCGCAGCGUCUGUCGCUCUAGAAGAGCCCUUUGAGACGGUCCAGCGUCUUGCCUAUUCUGCUGAGGUCUUGAUCCUGACACCCGUCCUUUCUCAGCCUCUGCCGUUGAUCACGACGCGCAUCGCGCAGAGACACAACAUCUUUGCUACGCUCGUCGCAGGCUCGCAGCAGGGCCAGGGUCAGGGUCCCGUGUCGUUUGGUGCGCUCAAGGAGGCGACGGGUCUGCAAGACGCCGUGCUCGAGUCGCUUCUAGACUAUCUUGGCUCGCAGGGCAUGCUCAGUCAGCCGGUGCGCGGACAGUAUGCGGCAAUCGGGCUAACCCAGCUCAUGACGGCGCCGCUGCUCCAAGACGCCAUCAUUCACUUCCACGACAACUGCCUACCCGCAUUUGCCGCGCUCAACACCGUCCUCAGCUCGCCGCCGUCGCAGAAACUCAACGCUUUUGAAGUUGGGCAGCAUUCUACCGUCGACUUUUAUACAUGGCUUGAGACGCACCCCACGCAGCAAGGCGCUUUCCACCGCUUUAUGGAGGCCCAGUUCGCCAGCCUUCCGACCUGGCUGGACGCCGUCGACUUUGCCUCCGAGUUGGGCGGUGGCGCCGGCCUCGGCUAUGCCAAUCACGUCGUUUUCGUGGACGUGGGCGGCGGCAACGGACAGCAAAUUGCGGCCCUCAAAGAAAAGUUUCCCGAACUGAAGGGGAGAGCAAUCUUGCAGGAUCGGCCAGAGGUACUCGAAAAGGCACUCGAGGUGGACGGCAUGGAAAAGAUGAAUUAUGAUUACCUGACGGAGCAACCUGUAAAGGACGCUUGCGUGUACUAUUUCCGGCAAAUUAUGCAUAACAACGACGACGCCACCUGUAUCCGCAUCCUGCAAUCCCAGCUCCCUGCCAUGGGCCCCUCGAGCGUCAUCGUCAUUGACGACAAGUGCCUGUCUGACGACAAGCCCCCGCAAGACGCCCCCGGGGUCGAGUACACGGCCGCGCUCAGCAUUGCCAUGAAGGUCAUGUUCAACGCGCAGGAGCGGCGUGAGGCGCAUUGGCGUGCGCUGCUGUCCGAGGCGGGUCUGGCUAUCAAGCAUGUUCGCAGGUUUACCAAGUUUGAGGAUUCCGUCAUUAUUGCUGCUAAGCAGUGCUUCUCCACAUAG